AUGUCGGAAAGUACACUGCAGAUAGUUGUCAAGAUUCUUUCUGACUUGGGUUAUUCUAAGACUCUAAAAAGGCUGCGCAAAGAGGCUGGGGACGAAAAGCUGCGCCCAGAGAAUGUGCCACAUGAGGUGAGGGCAUUCAACUUUAAAGCUUUGGCGGCUGGCCUCAUUGUAAAGGAGGGUGAUGUGCAGCCUAAGCCGGAGGUGGCGCCAAAGGUAGAAUCCACAGACGCAUCUACACCUGUGGCAAAGCCUGUUUCCGGGAAAUUGGUAUUUGUGCAACCCAAAACGGAGAAGAAUCCCACCCAGCCUGAGAAGAAUCAGGGUACUAGUGUAGUUGCUGAGAUGCCCAAGGGUACGCCUUGUUUUGAGUUCAGUAAUAUCGUUGCAGGGCGGUUUAAACGCAUCCAAGAUGAAGUGUGGCUUAAUCGCAUCGAAAAAGAGGAGCUUAAGGAGAAUUCUUACACGAUGAAGAAUGAUGAUUUCUCACUUAAGGCGGCGCAGGAGCUCAUCCAGGUGAAGGGGAAAAAUUUUAGGACCGAGAAGAUGAAGAAAAAACGGGCGUCAUGGAAAGGCUCAGGCGAGAUUACGUCGCACGUGAAUUCAGUCCAGUUUGACGACUCAGACGGCGACUGA